AUUUUUUUUUAUCUGACUUCUCUAUAUAUAUGCUUAGUUCUGGGUAUUUGAGAUUAUAGCAUUCUGAUAAUUUGACAUAUCAACAAUGGCCAGGAUGUCUUUUUCUUCCUCCUGUUGUUGUUUUUUCUUGGUGGCUUUGUUAUUUUCUAAUUACUAUGGCUGUCUAGCGGAGAAUCAAAUUGAUGUGUAUGAACUGCAGAGGGGAGAUUUUUCAAUCAAAUUCACUAAUUAUGGUGCAACUAUGCUUUCUGCUGUUCUCCCUGAUAAAUAUGGAAAGUUGGCUGAUGUUGUUCUUGGGUUCGAUUCGGUUGAGGAUUACAAGAAUGAUUCAACCUACUUUGGGAAUAUUGUUGGACGUGUUGCUAAUAGAAUUACAGGGGCCCAAUUUACUUUGAAUGGAACCCUUUACAAAUUGGUUCCUAAUGAAGGGAAAAACAUGCUUCAUGGUGGUCCCAAAGGCUUCAGUGAAGUUGUAUGGAAAGUCCAUAGUUACAAUAAAAAUUCUCAUAUAACAUUCACCUAUGACAGCUUUGAUGGAGAGGAAGGUUUUCCGGGUGAUCUUUCUGUAUCGGUAACAUAUAUGCUAAUUGGAACGAACAGGUUGGCCGUGAAAAUGUUCGCGCAGCCCCUCAACAAGGCUACUCCAGUGAACCUAGCCUUGCACACUUAUUGGAACCUUGGUGGCCAUAAUAGUGGUAAUAUCCUCUCCCACACUAUCCAGCUCUUUGGAUCUCAAAUCACUCCAGUAGAUAAUGAUCUCCUUCCUACUGGAAAAGUUACCCCCGUAAAAGGCACACCCUUUGACUUCUUAGAGCCCCGCGAGAUUGGAAGCAAGUUCAAUGAGCUACCUGAUGGAUAUGAUAUUAACUAUGUGCUAGAGGACUUGAAUCCUGGGCACUUGAAAAAGGUUGCAGUGGUGAAAGAAAAUAUAUCUGGAAGGAAGCUGGAGCUGUGGACUAAUAAACCUGGGUUGCAGUUCUAUACCAGUAAUAAGUUGGACAAUGUUAAGGGUAAAGAUGGAUUUAUUUACAAGAAGCAUGCUGGAAUUUGCUUGGAGACUCAAGGGUUUCCUGAUUCCGUUAAUCAACCAAAUUUUCCAUCCCAGAUUGUGAAUCCAGGAGAGACUUACAAGCAUGUUAUGAUUUAUAGGUUCACAGCUAGCUAGCUACUAGAGUUCCUCUUCAAGAAAUAAACAGUAAUUUUGUUAUUAAUUA